AAAAAUUGUCCAAGUACCAGCAAAGGUCAAUAUAAAACAGGCAAGUUUUUGAGUUUGAUUUAUCUUGCAGCUGUACUUGACAAGAUGGGAUCACAGCAGUCAUCAUCACCGUCCCAAAACAAACCACCAACAUUUGAUACAGAGGAGCACAAGUUUAUCUUUGACAAUGUACAUAAUAAUUGUGUAACAGUGUUCUCAAAGACAUCUUGUAUACACUGUACGAACACUAAGAAAUUGUUUAAUGAGAUAGGUGUUCCUUAUAAAGCUAUAGAAAUCAAUAAGAUGGAAUCUGGUCACAAAGUUCAAGAGGUUCUAGCUGACAUCACAAAACAAAAAACAGUACCAAGAGUUUUUGUAAAUGGAGAAUGUAUUGGUGGAGCUUCAGAUACUAGAGCAUUACACCAAGCAGGACAACUCCUCAGGAUGAUACAGAAAUGUAAAGUCAAGUGAUAAAAACUGUUGCUAAAAAGUUGUUUAUAAGAUAUUCAAGAUUUCUGUGAUAAUUUUGUUAUUUAUCAAUUAAUCAGUGUUAUGAAUUGUUACACAAUCUUGUUUUAGAAAAUUCUAGGCAGUAAUUUACAUGUGGUGAUGAUAUUGUAAAAUCUUACUACAAAGAAGAUGGGUAAACCUGGCUGGUUCAAUGUUUUGGUAAACAAGAAAUAUAAGUUAUAUCUCAGAUAUUUAGUUAAAUGAUGUGAUACAAUGUAUAUAGUUAAAAAAAAAAUGUAAUGAGCUACAUGUUUACAUUUGGUGCUGUGUAUUUAUAAUACAGUUAUUUCCUGUUUAUUGAUAUUACUGUUACAUCUUAUUACUAACAUUUACCAAUGUGUUCCUAUUUCAUUCAUGUACAUCAUCAGUAUAUAAUUAAAUAUUUUAUGGAAUGAAUAA